GGGGUCGUAACUUCCGGCCUGGCUGUGUUGAUGAUUUACUAAAAUGGCUGCGGCGGCGUUAGUAGAGACUUCUUCAGGUAAAGAUGUUAUUGCCGAGGGGUUGCUCGACCUCCUGAAACCAGCUAUCCAGCAGCUCGACCUGCAUGUACACUCAGUCAGAGAAAGCCAGGUAGAAUUAAGAGAACAUAUAGACAAUCUGGCCACAGAGUUAUGCAGGAUAAAUGAACAUCAGAAGGUGGCUCUAGACCUGGACCCUUACGUAAAGAAGCUGCUGAAUGCGAGACGUAGAGUAGUGUUGGUAAACAACAUACUGCAGAAUGCUCAGGAACGUCUGAGGAGACUCAACCACAAUGUGGCCAAAGAGACGGCAAGAAGAAAGACCAUGCUGGAGGCUUCGGGAGUGUUCACCUCCCGCUCCCCCAGUAAACCCUGAGCUGCUGCCUCCUUCUCAUCUGCACAGCAAAACUGUGAACUGUCCUGACCAGGAGGGUAACUGUAACACGAAGAGGACUGGUCUUCCUUAGCCAUUUGCUUAGCGGUUUGUCUAACGAUAUGCUGGUGUCUGAAACUGCUUUAUCUAAUGUUGUGUCAUCAUUAAAAUCCAAGCUGCUAUGUGCAGUGUUAGGCAGCUGCAAAUAGGUUAUUGUCUCAUCCUCUGGCAAAGUAUGACAGAAUCAACUCUACAGCAUCACCUUACAUUGUACAUUAAACACUCAUAGCCACCUUAACGUAAUGACCAUCCACAUUUAUUUUUCUUCUCAAGUGUUCCUGAACACUUGAGUGAAAUUUAUGUAAUAAUUCAUAUACAUCGAUUCUACAGAUAAGGAAAAAAAUCUACUCAUGACUGGCACUGUCAGUAUGCAGGGUAGAUGGUCUGAGUAAUCUUGUGGACCAAAAUAACAGAUCCUUGUCCCACUGCUGGAAGCAUUGUCCUAAUGCAUGUCUUUAAAAUGUCAGGUGGUCUUUAUGCCUUUUGCUCUUUGGCUUUGGGAAAUUGUUGUCCACAAAUGGGUGGCUCAGUUUAGCUGCGGUUUAGAAAGGGUUUAAAACACAGCUGCAUUCUAAACUGGACCUAAUUGCUGCGUCAAAACCAACACAACAAUGUUAUCAUUAUGUAGCACACACAGGGAUGUAUUAUGAGAGCUUAAUACAUCCAUGAGUGCACUGGUUUCCCAUCAACAUGAAAGGCGUUCCGUUCUGGUUUGUGCCCCUAAUUUUUAAACGCUCGGAGCACAUCGCUAGAUAGCACCAAGAUUCCAAAAAAUUGAACAGAACCAGUUCAAGAACCUUUGGUGGAAAUGCACUACCAUGAUUGACAGCUAACCAGCAUGCACUGGGGCAAUGGAAUUAUUAUCUCAUCUGUGCUGCUGCAAUAUUACUGAUGUCAUUGUAAUCGGAAUCGUGUUCUGCAAUGUUUCCACUGUUGCUGACAUUUCCACUUUGAUGUACAAUUAGUCAGUACAGGUAAAUGCAGUUAGUGAUGCAGUUAUGGAGAUUCUUACCCUUAAUGAUCUGUUAUGGCCACAUUCUGGAUGUGAUGGGCUUAAGUCCAAUGAAAAAAGACAUAUUAGGGAAAAAUGUUUGGAAAUAAAGCAGUCUAUUGAUUUCUAAUGUCACCUUUAGAUAUUUAUAUUCAGUGCUUUACUAAUGUGCCACAAUAAUGUUAUGUUUUUCAUGUCUUCAUUUGGGGGCUUUUCCAAGCAAAUAUUGCUUAAAAUAUUGAUUAAAUCAGCAUAUAUUUCUGCCACCCCUUAAAGUCUCCUAUGCCAACCUCUGAACACCCCAUAAAUAUUUCUCUAGACCCGCCCCUGGGCAGGUUUAAGUUAAACCUUAGACACACUGACCUCUACAGGAGUUUGGGUGAUUUCUACCGCACACAGGACCUGGUUCAGACUAAACCACACAUCUUCUGAGGACAUGGCAGUAGGAUUUAAAUGAUCAUCUGAUCCAGGCAACACAGGUUUGAACCUGUGUUAAACUUGGCUGGCUCUUUUUUUUUAAUAAGUAACAUUUUCCACUCUGCGUUGUCUGUAAAGCUCUGCUGACAUAAAUGUGUUAUGUGAGCAAAUCAACACAAAGCAUAAUUAUAUUCAAUUGGUUUAAUAUUCGAUGAUGUGUACAGUGUCGUGUCUCUAUUAAUAUGCAAUGAAUGAAUCCCUAUAACACUUGUGAUUUUCAGUUUUUGUAUGAUAUUUGUUGCUUCUCUAUGAAUGUUUAUAAAAUAUACAUUAACAUCAUGUGCUCAUGUUUUUGAGCUUGUGCAUAAAUUGUUUCUUAAAAGACUCAUUUGUCGACCUACUGAUGAAAUUAAGGCAAAGCCUGUAAUGUUAAUUGUACCCCACAAUUUGAACGUGUUGUGUUGCUCAGCAAACUUCAUGGCAGUCUGGCUGGUAGAGCAUCAUUUCAUGGUUGUAAUUCCCAGGUUUUACCUCAUUUUUCUUUUUUUAAUGGAAAGUAAAUUCUCCAUACAUAUUAUAUACUCGCCUGGAGGCAAAUCACACAUUUUCCCAUGUUCAGUUAACCUGCUGACUGAAAUACUUUAAGACUUUGGAUCAGGACCAAUGGAGCACUGUCUAUUUUACCUAUAAUUAUUACUAAAUUACAUAGUUAUUUCCAGGAAAUAACAGACUGCAAAGUAAAUAGCUAUUAUCUGGCCAUUAUAUAAUGAGAGUUUCUUUGUCUUCAAGGUUUUGGCAUUUUGCUAAUGAUCAUAAUCUUUUCUCUAGGGACCAUCUGUAUAUCCACAUUUCAAAACUGUAAGUCGGUUAAAUAUCUAGUCAUGGUCCACAGUGUUGGUCAAAGGAAAUAUAUACUUAGUUCACAGUCUUAUGGACUCGGGGCAGGGAAAUUUUGUGUUGGAAAAACUGUCAUGGCCAUAUUCAAAAGGAUCCCUUGACCUUUGUCUUCAAGAUAUCUGAAUGAAAAUACCCAUGAGUCUCCUCUUUGCAUGUGGUAUAAAUUUGUUAUUUUUACCUAUUAUAUUAUAACAGUACUGAAAUUGCAUAAAUUGGGAAUGCCUAGAAAAUUCAGACACAUACUUAAUGCCACCCUCACCCCUUCUCAUUCAGUAGUGUUCUGUCAGCUGAUUUAUUUUUUUCCUAGGAUGGCGAAGGCAUUACAUAGUUGUCCAACUUCAUGGUGUAUGGAAUAAGGAAUACUUCACUAUGCUUCAAAAUACAUCUAUGGUCUCACCUGUCUGUGAGCCAGUAUUGAUGCAAAAUCUGCAACUCUUCUGUAGCUAAUGUUGGUUUCAUAAUGAUCCUUACUGCCUGAAGUCAAACAGCACAAGUUGACAGUCCCUUCAGGAUUUUGUGGCCUAAAUUGCCUCAUUUCACGGCAGCUUUUCUAAAAAUAUUCUGAUGCAUGUUGCUAUGCAUUGCAAUGAAAUUGAGGGAGAAUGUAACAAAUGCAAAAAUAGUUCAGAAUCUAAGGCAAAUUGUUAAAGCAAGAAUAAAAUUGCUAUAAGUUU